AUGGCUCCUGUAGACAACACAUUUGGGGAGCUAGGGCUUUCUAUCGUUGGAGUUGGUGUCCAAUACCCACGCUUCAAUCUCGCACCCGAUGACCUAGAAACAUUGAGUAAAAGAUUUUAUCCAGACACCCCGUCCAUGAACAAAGUUCUGUCGAUCAACCGAUUCACCGGAAUCGAGAACAGGUCUUCUAUCGGGACAAUUGAUCACCCACUAGUCAAUCAAGGGACUGCCCCUUCUGUUUCGCAGCUGCAUGAGGUGUUUGUCAAUGAUGGAGUCCCUCUCGCCAUCACUGCAGCGCAGAAAGCCAUUGAGGAGUCACGCAUCCGACUGGCGGACAUUACACACGUCGUAUCAACAACAUGCACCAACAACGCGAACCCGGGUUUCGAUAACCUAGUGGUGGCCGGCCUUGGCAUCAAACAGCAAGUCGAGAAGGUGCUUCUACAGGGAGUAGGAUGUAGCGGAGGGCUUGCUAUUCUCAGAACUGCCUCCAACCUGGCCCUAGGCCGCACCGCCCAGCGCAAACCUGCUCGCAUCCUAUGUGUGGCACUGGAACUAUGUACCCCUCUGGUGCGUAGCGAGUUUGACAGUAUAAACGAGCUGCAGGAGGUGAGGAUCGGCCCGGCGCUCUUCUCAGACUGCGCCAGCGCUGUGAUCAUCAGCAAUGAUAUUGGAGGCCAUGUAGAGCCAAUCUAUGAUGUUAUUGGAUGGGAUCAUAGGGUUAUCCCUGGCACUGCCGAGCAUCUCAGAUUUGAUUCUGAUCCACUUGGCUGGAAAGUGGUUCUUACUCCUGAUGUGCCAAAGGUGGCUUGUGCCGCCGUCCCUGAAGCAUUUUCAGACAUACUGGCCUCUGUUCCAUCCAUUCCUCGCUCUCUGCGCAAUGCGGGUGACUUUGACUGGGCAUUACAUCCAGGCGGUGCAACUAUUCUGACGGGAACAGAAAAGGAGAUGAACAUCACACCAUACCACUUGCGCGCCAGCUACGACACGUACAUGAAGCAUGGGAAUUCAAGCUCUGCGACCAUAUUUAGCGUUCUGAAUCGCCUACGAGCGAAAGACAUGGGUGAUAUAGCUCCCUCAGGGGGCCCUCGUGAGUUUGUCAUGGCUUGCGCGUUUGGACCAGGAGUUUCGGUCGAAAUGUGCGCGCUGAGGAGAAGUCAAAAUGCCCCGCGGGUUGCCGACUGUUUGACACCGCCUCUUGAUGAGCCUGAUUUGGAUUGA